CUCUUUCUCGUCAUGCACUCCCUUUUCUCUCUUCUGGCUCUGAGCUCUUUUGCUGCUGCCUUGACCACCACAUCGUCAAUGGUAUGUAAUGCUGACCUUUGCCUCCGCUCCAUUCGUGCAACAAACACACCUGGUCGUGCCGCUCAGGGCGUAGCCGAUUGUAGCAGUUUCCUUCGAGUCACUGUAACUCCAGCCACAUAUACUUCCACAUCAACAGUGACGGUGGAAAGUGUUAGUGUCACGACAACUACUUCCACCAACACUAAUACCGCAACCACCACACAAACAGUGUAUAGUGUAUUUGGCGGAAGCGUCAUAACCCCAGCACCGAGAGCCACAGUUCAGAAACGCGAUCUUCGCAUCGCCAGCCCGUCCACCGUUUCCGACAAGAUCAUUGCUGCACUACCCAUCUCCAACCUCGAAAAGAGACAGCAGACAGUCCGUCCGGUUGCAAUUCCAGCUUAUGCGUCUCCUUGCUCCGGUGCUGUUCGUUACUCGAGUGCAUGUUCGUGUGUAGGAGCUACGGCGACUACAAUCACUGCAGCGACNGCCUACAUCGGUUUCCAUCACGACCACAACGACAAUAUCCGUGUCUACUUCCACAGCCAUUGCUACCACAACAACCACUAUAACAGUCCAAUCCACAUCAACAGCUAUACCGGUGGCUACACAGUAGCCGGACCAGGUCAAGGAAUCAUAGGCGCAACCUACCCCUCCUACCCCUCGAUCCAAGAUCAACAAGGCUGCUGCGCCAAAUGUUUCGAGACGCCCAAUUGUUUCAUCUACUAUCUGAGUGGAGGUUGCCAGUUGUAUGUUCUCAAUUCUGCUCCCGUUGCGAGCGGUUCGGAUCAAUGUCCUGCUGGUGUGGCUGCCGAAUACACGAGCUCCGGGAAUUUGUUUGGGUUGGGAGCUUGUGCGAGUUAUGCGGGUGCGGGUUGA